GGGGUUCGCUGUUCUGCAAGCUGCCCGAGCGAAGGGGAAGGCAAUGGCCGGUUCGGGGGAGAGAAGCAGAGAGGAGCUGCUGGAAGAGUAUCUGAAGGCAGCGGUACAGGUGGCCCUGGAAGCCGGCCAGAUAAUUAGGGAAGCAUUAACAAGUGAAAAGCGAGUGCAGACUAAGUCCUCAGCAGCAGACCUCGUAACUGAAACAGACCAGCUUGUUGAAAAUCUUAUCAUCUCAACGCUAAGCAACAAGUUUCCUUCACACAGAUUUAUUGGCGAAGAAUCUGUUGCAGCUGGUGAAAAGUGCAUUCUGACUGAUGACCCCACUUGGAUUAUAGACCCCAUCGAUGGAACAUGUAACUUUGUACAUGGAACACCGGUGGUGGCAGUUUCUAUUGGACUUUCUGUCAAAAAAGAGCUUGAACUUGGCGUAAUUUAUAGCUGUGUUGAAGAGAAGUUAUAUACUGGCAGAAAAGGCCAUGGAGCAUUUUGUAAUGGGCAGAAACUUCAGGCAUCUACUCAGACAGACUUGUCAAAGGCUCUGAUAUUAACAGAACUUGGUUCGAUUCGUGAUCCAAUGGCAGUAAAGCUGCUGUUUAAUAAUAUGGAGAGGUUACUAAAAGUGCCAGCACAUGGGAUCAGGAUUGUGGGAAGUGCCGCUCUGGAUCUUUGCCACGUUGCAGCGGGUGAUGUUGAUGCCUUUUACCAGUUUGGCCUCCAUUGUUGGGACAUGGCAGCUGCUGCCGUCAUUGUGGGAGAGGCUGGAGGAAUCAUGAUAGAUACAGCAGGAGGACCACUGGACCUAAUGUCUCGGAGAGUGGUGGCAGCUGGCACUUUGGAGAUGGCGUAUCAGAUUGUUAAGGAACUGCAGCCUGUGGCCUAUAAACGGGACGAUAGCACUGAAGACACAAGUCACUCGCUGUGCAAAUAAUGACCAUUUCAGAACAUGCACUGGUGGAACUGUAGCAAAAUCACAACGCUGAAACCUUACAAAUAACUUAACAGAGACAAGCAGCUAUGAUGUCCACACUGCACUGGUAUUUAUAACAAAAAUCAUAAUAGUAAACUGGUCCUGCUUUUCCUCGACCAUCAACAAUAUGUAUCUUCUAUGAACUACGUUGGUUGAACUUUCUACUGUUGCUGUUGAAUGUUUUGGAGAGUCUGAUGGUGGGAUAAAUCUAACGGGUAGACUUAUGGUUUUAUAUUGAUUUUGAUGGAGUGAAGUGCUCGAUGAGGUGUAAAGCCAGAAUCGCAUCUGGUCCUGUCAGCUCCUUAAUGCACAGACUAAGUUCGAACCUCUCCCAACCUUCAGUAUAAUUUAUUUAAAAUUUGGUACUCUGUUUCUGACAGAAACAUAGUGAUGCAUGAUGGGAUUGUGCAACAAUCUGGAACAAUAACUGUGAUUGUAUAAAAUAUCAGCAAUUUCCAAAAUCUAACUAAUGGUCACGAUUCUGAUUGAUGUCCAGGUUAAUCUCCUGUCUGUUAUCUAAUAUUUCAACAAAUUCAGGAAGUAUUCACCUACUAAUGAAGAAAAUAAAAGUCAUGGAUUACAUCUUUGCUUCCUCACUUAAAUGGUUCUUUGUUUAGAUGCAAUCCCAUCUAUGUUUUAUAUGGCCUGAAAACCAUUUGAAUCAGAUUUAAAUGGGUCAGUCAGAGAGCAGAGUGGAUGAUGAUGAAUACCACAACCCAUUAUCAGUUAAUUCUUUCAUGAGAUGUGGGUGUUGCUGGCAAGGCAGCAAUUGUUGUCCAAUCCUAACUGUUCUUGAACAAAGUAGUUUAUUUGGACAUUUCAGAGGGCAAUUAAACAAAUUUAGUGUAGGCCAGAUCAGGUGAGAAUGGAAGAUUUCCUGAACUAGAUUGGAUUUUUACAAAAAUUAAUGAUAAUUGGCAUGGUCACUAUUGCUGAGGCUAGCUUUGUAUUUUUGAUUUUACUAAUUGAAUGGAUAUUUGGUGGUUGGAAUUAAAACCAUAUCCCCCAAAACAUUAGCCUGUUCCAGUGGCAUUACCACCACCUCCCUUGCAACAUUGGACAUGGUCUAAAACAGUGGUCGGUGCCAAUAAUCUAUACCGUCAAACAUCAAUGUCACUCUAGAAUAACUGAAUCCAAAUGUUGAUGUGUCUGUAACUGGUUUUCAUUGUAAUUAUCAUCAAGUACAGUUUUCAUUACAAAGUGUAACAGUCUGUAAACAUAGACACAUGAGAUGACUAUUUUUUAAAAAGAAGUCCUAUUUUUAAAUCUUUUAUUUCAAGGUUUUAUUCAUUUUACUGAGUGGAAUGUUGGCAUAGAAAUAAAAUAUAGUUGUUCAUUAA